AAAUGCAGCAAGUUUUGGAAAACCUUACGGAACUGCCCUCAUCUACUGGAGCAGAAGAAAUAGACCUAAUUUUUCUCAAAGGGAUUAUGGAGAAUCCUAUUGUGAAAUCACUUGCUAAGGCUCAUGAGAGACUUGAAGAUUCAAAAUUAGAAGCUGUCAGUGACAAUAACUUGGAAUUAGUAAAUGAAAUUCUUGAAGAUAUCAGUCCUCUAAUAAGUGUGGAUGAAAAUGUGGCAGAACUGGUUGGAAUACUCAAGGAACCUCACUUCCAGUCGCUCCUAGAGGCCCAUGAUAUUGUGGCAUCAAAGUGUUACGAUUCGCCUCCCUCAAGCCCAGAAAUGAAUAAUUCUUCUCUCAAUAAUCAGUUAUUGCCAGUAGAUGCCAUCCGUAUUCUUGGUAUUCACAAAAGAGCUGGAGAGCCAUUGGGUGUAACAUUUAGGGUUGAAAAUAAUGAUCUGGUAAUCGCCCGAAUCCUUCAUGGAGGAAUGAUAGAUCGACAAGGUCUGCUUCAUGUGGGAGAUAUCAUCAAGGAAGUCAAUGGCCAUGAGGUUGGAAACAAUCCAAAGGAAUUACAAGAGUUACUGAAAAAUAUUAGUGGAAGUGUCACCCUAAAAAUAUUACCAAGCUAUAGAGAUACUGUUACUCCUCAACAGAGUUACACCAAUAUGGAGAGGCAUCCAGCCCACAUCCGUCAGGUAUUUGUCAAGUGUCAUUUUGAUUAUAACCCAUUCAAUGAUAACCUGAUACCCUGCAAAGAAGCGGGACUAAAGUUUUCCAAAGGAGAAAUUCUUCAGAUUGUAAACAGAGAAGACCCAAAUUGGUGGCAGGCUAGCCAUGUGAAAGAGGGAGGAAGUGCUGGUCUGAUCCCAAGCCAGUUCCUGGAAGAGAAGAGAAAGGCAUUUGUUCGAAGAGACUGGGACAAUUCAGGACCCUUUUGUGGAACUAUAAGCAACAAAAAAAAGAAGAAGAUGAUGUACCUCACAACCAGGAAUGCAGAGUUUGAUCGUCAUGAAAUUCAGAUCUAUGAGGAAGUAGCAAAAAUGCCACCCUUCCAGCGAAAAACAUUAGUGUUGAUAGGAGCACAAGGUGUGGGCAGAAGAAGCUUGAAAAAUAGGUUCAUAGUGCUGAAUCCCGCUAGAUUUGGAACAACGGUGCCAUUUACUUCACGGAAGCCAAGAGAAGAUGAAAAGGAUGGACAGGCAUAUAAAUUUGUGUCCCGAUCAGAGAUGGAAGCAGAUAUUAAAGCUGGAAAGUAUUUGGAGCAUGGGGAAUAUGAAGGAAACCUCUAUGGAACUAAGAUUGACUCUAUUCUUGAAGUUGUACAAACUGGACGGACUUGCAUUUUGGAUGUCAACCCACAAGCAUUGAAAGUAUUGAGGACAUCUGAGUUCAUGCCCUAUGUGGUAUUCAUUGCUGCUCCAGAGCUAGAGACCCUGCGUGCCAUGCACAAGGCUGUGGUGGAUGCAGGAAUCACCACCAAGCUUUUGACGGACUCUGAUUUGAAGAAAACAGUGGAUGAAAGUGCACGAAUUCAGAGAGCAUACAACCACUACUUUGAUUUGAUCAUCGUAAAUGACAAUCUAGACAAAGCCUUUGAGAAACUACAAACUGCCAUUGAGAAACUAAGAAUGGAGCCACAGUGGGUCCCUAUUAGCUGGGUGUACUGAUGAUUCAAUAAGGCUAACAGUUAAAUAAAACUUUUAAAAAGUGACUCAACAAGUAAACCUUCUACUGGGAGAAUACAUGCAGAGGUAGAAGGCAUCUGCCACAUCUAGGCAUUUUUAUUGUGUAGAUUGAAAUAACAGUGCACUAGGUGGAAUUUUUAUAUAAUUGUGGUUGGGAAGGUGUAAUAAUAUAUAAUUUCUCUUAAUUUUUCUAACUUUUUAUGGAUAACCUUUCUAUUCAUAUCACAUAAAGAAAUGCGUUCAAGCAUUUUGUAGGUUUUGAUUUAGUACCCUUUUUUCAUCAAAGGAAUUUUCAGAUCAUUCUCUUCAAUGUUGGUCUCACAUUUUCACUGUGAUAAUGAAUACUUGAAAUAGUUUUGUAAAGCUAUCAUUCUCUUCAGUGUUUAGUGAAAGGUCAAUUAUUCUCAUUAGAAAAAACUAGUAGUUACUGACUUCUUAAUUGGACUUCUUACAGAUGCAGAAUUUGAAUAUCAGUGCGAUAGCUAGUCCACUUCUAUCUUAAUCUGACAUCAAGUCUUUUCAAUGCCACCUCUUACUUCAGAGUAUGGCUAUUCUUUCUUAUUUGUGCAGAGAGAUCACCUAGCGCCCCCCCCCCAUUUCUCUCUCUAGUGAAUACAAUGAAGAGCAAUAGCUUGCACUCUCUGUAGGCUUACUCUUUUCAUUUGUUGCAGUGAUUUGCUGAUGCUGACUAAUGUUGCAUUUUAGUUACUUUGUGAGCUCGGGCUGGAAGCAAGGUCAUGCAGACAGAGAGUGCCUUAUCCUGCAAAACUUCACUCAACUUAAUGUUUACUUAUUUUCAAAUACAAAGUUUCAAACCUGUGA